CUCUAAUUAUAAGCUAUGCUUGCUUGCUUGCUUGCUUGCUUCUGCUCUAUGCAUGGUGCUUACAGAGUAUAGGUCCUAGUAGAAUGUUCCUGUUGUGGGGGAAAAUGUGUAGUUGCUGUGAAAAUGGUGUCAGGUGCAGCGAGUAGCACUCUCAGGAUCACAUCUGAGACUAAAACCCUGAGAACAUCUUUGGGCAUGCUCCAGAAAAACCAGCCGAUUAACAGUCUUCAGCAUGAGAUGUGUGUGGAGCAGGAGUGAGCGAUUGGGGCUUGUCUUUUGAUGGCAGUCUUGAGAUCAUUUUAGAGAUGGUAUAGAUAAACCCCUGUAUGUGCUGCUUCAGUUAAAUUGGCAAGUACCCAGCUCUUCUUAAUGAUUAAUACUUUUCAAAGUAUUAUCUAAAGUUGUCUUAUGUAAUGUAAUAUUUUAAUUUGCUCACAGAACAAUGUAAUGUUGGAUGGUCUGUGAUUUUUGUUUUUAUUUUGUCCUACAAAUUAUUUGAGGAAGGCAGCCAUGAUUCAAACUAUAGUAAUUUCCCCCCCAAGUAUUUGUCUACAUAGUUCCUCUGGCAUUGUGGGUGAGCUAAUUAGCUUUGCUGCAGUGUUGUGGAAAAGGAACUAUACUUUUUUUAGUUCAAGAAGCGUGCAGUUUAGCAAAGCAGUCUUACUGUUGUUAUUUAAGUAGGCCUCUGCAUCCACCACCAUCGAACGGCAAAAAGUUGUCUAUCGUCUAAGCAAAUUUGACAGGCCAUGCAGAGAAGGUGGGAAUUGAAAACUUUGAACUCUUGAAAGUUCUUGGAACAGGAGCCUAUGGAAAAGUGUUCUUAGUGAGGAAAGUAAGUGGCCAUGACGCUGGAAAGCUUUAUGCCAUGAAAGUAUUGAAAAAAGCGACAAUAGUUCAAAAAGCCAAAACAACUGAGCACACGAGGACGGAACGACAGGUGCUGGAACAUAUUAGGCAAUCGCCAUUUUUGGUCACGUUGCACUAUGCUUUCCAGACAGACACAAAGCUUCAUCUCAUUUUAGACUACAUAAAUGGAGGAGAACUUUUUACUCAUCUUUCACAAAGAGAGAGAUUUACAGAAAAUGAGGUGCAGAUAUACAUUGGAGAAAUUGUAUUGGCACUUGAACACCUACACAAGUUGGGAAUUAUAUAUCGGGAUAUAAAACUUGAGAACAUUCUUCUUGAUUCUAAUGGCCAUGUGGUGUUGACAGACUUCGGCCUGAGUAAGGAGUUUCUUACUGAUGAAAAUGAGAGAGCAUAUUCCUUUUGUGGGACAAUAGAAUACAUGGCUCCAGAUAUUGUCAGAGGUGGAGAUAUCGGACAUGACAAGGCGGUUGAUUGGUGGAGUCUUGGUGUUCUUAUGUAUGAGUUAUUAACUGGAGCAUCACCUUUUACAGUUGAUGGAGAGAAAAAUUCCCAAGCUGAGAUUUCUAGGAGAAUAUUAAAAAGUGAACCUCCAUAUCCCCAAGAGAUGAGUGCUUUAGCUAAAGAUUUGAUUCAGUGUCUUUUGAUGAAAGAUCCUAAGAAAAGGUUGGGCUGUGGUCCAAGUGAUGCUGAUGAAAUCAAACAACAUGCCUUCUUUCAGAACAUAAACUGGUCUGAUUUAGCUGCCAAAAAAGUACCAGCCCCAUUUAAACCAGUAAUUCGGGAUGAAUUGGAUGUUAGUAACUUUGCAGAAGAGUUUACAGACAUGGAUCCCACAUAUUCUCCUGCAGCCACGCCACAGACUUCAGAAAAAUUAUUUCAGGGUUAUUCUUUUGUUGCUCCUUCUAUUUUGUUUAAACGCAACGCGGCUAUAGUAAAUCCUAUUCAGUUUCAUAUGGAAGAUGAACGACCUGGCAUUACAACUAUUGCUAGAAGUGCUAUGAUGAAGGACUCUCCAUUUUAUCAUCAUUAUGAACUGGAUCUGAAAGAGAAACCAUUGGGAGAAGGAAGUUUUUCCAUCUGUCGAAGGUGCUUACACAAGAAAACUAGCCAAGAAUAUGCAGUAAAAAUAAUUAGUAAAAGAAUGGAAGCAAACACCCAGAGAGAAAUAACUGCUUUGAAGCUCUGUGAAGGACAUCCCAAUGUAGUGAAGUUGCAUGAAGUUUUUCAUGAUCAGGUUCACACAUUUCUAGUAAUGGAACUGCUGAAAGGGGGAGAAUUGCUUGAACGUAUUCAAAAAAAGAAGCACUUCAGUGAGACAGAAGCCAGUUAUAUUAUGCGCAAACUUGUUUCAGCUGUGAGUCACAUGCAUGAUGUGGGAGUAGUCCAUAGAGAUCUGAAGCCUGAGAAUUUAUUGUUCACAGAUGAAAGUGACAAUUCAGAAAUAAAAAUAAUUGAUUUUGGGUUUGCUCGGCUAAAACCACCUGAUAACCAGCCUCUUAAGACUCCAUGUUUUACCCUUCAUUAUGCUGCCCCAGAGCUCUUCAAUCACAGUGGUUAUGAUGAAUCCUGUGAUCUCUGGAGUUUGGGGGUCAUUUUGUAUACAAUGCUAUCAGGACAGGUGCCUUUCCAGUCUCAAGAUAAAAGUUUAACAUGCACAAGUGCAUUGGAAAUUAUGAAGAAAAUUAAAAAGGGGGAAUUCUCCUUUGAAGGAGAAGCCUGGAAGAAUGUCUCUCAAGAGGCCAAAGACUUGAUACAAGGACUUCUUACAGUGGAUCCGAAUAAAAGAAUUAAAAUGUCCAGCUUGAGAUACAACGAAUGGCUUCAGGAUGGCAGCCAGUUAUCAUCCAACCCUCUAAUGACUCCUGAUAAUUUAGGGUCUUCAGGAGCUGCCGUACAUACAUACGUCAAAGCCACCUUUCAUGCUUUUAACAAGUACAAAAGGGAAGGAUUUUGUCUCCAGAAUGUUGACAAGGCACCUCUUGCAAAAAGAAGGAAAAUGAAAAAGACAAGUACAAGCACAGAGACACGUAGCAGCUCCAGUGAAAGUUCACAUUCUUCCUCCUCUCAUUCUCAUGGUAAAACUACACCUACAAAGACACUGCAGCCAACAAAUCCUACAGACAGCAAUAACCCAGAAACCAUCUUCCAAUUCUCUGAUUGAGGAGCAGAGAAAUGUCCUAUCUCCAAGAAUUAAGUGGUGAAAACUUGGACCGCUUUACACCACUCUUGCAUGUUACGGAGCAUUAAAAUGGCCAAUUUACACUAUAUCAAUAUGAUGGAAAGAAAUCUUAGUAUCUACAGUAGCCUUUCAUAUCAAGUUACUCAAUUGUAAGUUAACUUGAGUUAGUUAAACAUUUGUAAAAUAUAAGAUGGCUUCUUCCCAUGCAUUUUUGCCUUACCCUAUCCUGAACAUCAGCAAUGUGUGAACUCUAGAUUUAAAAAAAUGAACAAGUUAAUUCAAGACCAAAAUGAUAAUCAGAUUUACACCCUUUUACACACACUGGUGUACACAGAUAUGCACACUAAGUUAGGUCCUAGAUAUCUAUUUGUACUUUCUGCUCUUCUCCUUUUUAAUACAGUAAUUUCGGCCACAUUUUUAAGAGGAAGAAUGCUACAUGUUCUUGAAAGAUUCUGGUGUAACUGAAAACAACAGCUCUCAGUGUCAGAUUAUAUGAUACAGUCAACAAUACUGGGGGGAAAAAGCAGAAGUACAAUUCGUUAUCAAAAUAGUCUAUGUAACUUUUUUUACUCCAAUUAAUGCAAUUUAAAUAAAUCAAAAAGUUUAAUUAAGUAGUAAACUAAUACUUGCCACUUCCUCUUUCUUACAAAGAACAAAGUACAUCUCAUUUACAGGAUUAUUCCUUCCUAGAGGGUCAGAGUACUUCUCAUACUUAUUUUAUUUGUACAGUAUUCCAAAACAGAAUUUUAUGAUAGUUUAUAAUUAUAAGUUACUGUUCUGCAAGACAGCAUAAAGAUUCAGUAUUCGAUCAGAACUGACUCAGGUUUUCCUGUCUCCCAGGUUGACACUGCUGUUGCACCUCUUUUCUCUGCCUUUUCUACUGCUGCCUUCUGAACAAAAUAAUUAGUUAUACCAGCACAGCCACAUUCCCUUGUACUUCUUCCAGGAAGAGAGUAGUUUCUUAAAGGAACACAUUCACAUAUACAUUUUAUAGGUGUGGUAAGGAAGUGUCACUAUAUAAUAAUUUUAUAUUUUCAAUCUUUAAUAGCAAGUAUGUAUAUAUUUUAUUUUUUUAAUUAAUUUUGGUCUUUAUCUAGAAUAUUUUAUUGUGGUGUUAUGCCUUAUGUGUCAUAGCAGAGGUUUCAGCUUAGCCUUCCUUACAGUCUUUUUCUUCCUUUACAUGAUUCCUUUCCUAUUCUUCUCCUUCCUAUACCCCACCCCUCAGCUGCCUGUCUCUCUUGUCUUAUAGUGACCACUACUCCAUAACCCUCCUUAUGAGGAAUCUCAAUAUUUGAAUAUUCUAGACAGAGGGAAUGGAAUAUAGUAUGGUUGCUUCUGUUCUACAGAGACCAAAGUGCCUUGAUCUCUGUGACCUUUCUGGCCAGGUUCAGAUAUUACAAGUUUAUUUGUAUAAGUGAUUGGAAACUGGUCUAUACCCAUAAUAGAAGAGAAGUUCAGCAUACAAACCCAGUCUAUAUCUGUAACAGAACAGAAGUUUAGCACACAGACUGCUUUGAAAAUGACAGAACCCAGUCUAAGACUUCUGCCCUCCUUCCCCUAAGAAAGAGUGAAUGUGUGGUCUGUUCACUACUGAUCUAAAAUACACCAUUUACAGAAAACUGCAUAACUUGAAUCAAUUCUGCCUCAGGCUGUUUGCUUGUCUGUACCUAGCCUCUGUCUGUGUCAACCUGUGAGAAAUAUCUUCAGUUUACUUCAGGUUACUCCCCAGGCACCAGUCUGGAGUUGCCAAAAGUAACAACUGUAGAGCUCCAAGGUAGUCUUCCCCUAUCACCCUCCAUUUUUAUAAAUCACUCAUUUGUCUAUUGACUCAUCAUUGAGUAUACUGAACCAUCAAAUAGAAACAGAGCCUUUGGAGUUGGUGUCUUUGCAGUCUGGAUGUUGUGAAUAAAGAUAAGGCUCUAAAUUUUGUAUAGCAUGAACAGAUGGUUGACUAUAUUGUUUUAAGAGGGGAAAGUAUUUAUUGCUUUUCAGCUGAAUGUGUUGUUUCAUCUGUCUGUUCCUGUUUGGGAGUGUGAUAAUUAAACCUGGGCAGCUGACCUGUGAAAGAAACAGGAUUGAGUUACUGCAGUUUAUCUUCACUUUCUGUGGGGUAGGGGUAGACAGAUGAAAUAGUUAUGGUGAAUUAGCUGGGAUGUGUACAUGAACAUUGGGUCAUCAUCGCCCCCUUAAAAACUUUAUAAUUGUUCACUGGUUUAUGCCAGUAGAUUGAUUUGGGCAAUGUCAUUAUUUGAUCUUUGUGUGCACUUACACCCAAAAACAGGAAGAGAAAAGAAAUGUAAGUAAAGUAAAAUGAUGAUGACUGUAGGAAACUUAUCAGCUAACAAAAUUAACAAGGAAUGCUUGUAAAGAAAUUGUAUCUAAGGUAGUUGUUUUCCAGAGUGUUAUACCCAGCUCACUAUAAAAACUCAUUGACAGAAAGGAUGGAUACACCUUCUUUUGGCUCCUUUUUUCUUUCUCCUUCUUCUGGUUUAUCUUGAAUUUUCUAGUGAAUGUUGUAUGAGUGACUAGAGUAUUACAUUUCUAUUAAAAAAUAUUUCAGUUAAUAAUCUCUACGACAAGCUAGAUUCUUCUCACAGGAUUUUUUCCAAAUAAAUUAUGUAGAAAUAUACAGUCUAAUUUUCACAUAGGCUGGUUCUAAAAUGACACAAAAAUGAGGAAGCUUAUUUUUAUGAAUAUUCUUAGGAUGUUUUGGCAAAAUGCAUUGGAAUUCUCUAACACUACUAACAUGGGUUGGGGGGGUUGUUUGCUUGUUUGUUUUUUUGCUAAGGAAAAAAAGCUAGCUUUUUGCUGUUUCUAAAAAAUAAUAAUUAUAAAAAAAUCCAUCCAUACUACUAAUGUAAAGAAUUUCUAUUAUGAUAGUGAAGACCAUCUUAAAAACCUGUGUUACCUGCCUAAAACUAAACUAAAUACUCAACGUUUUUCUGAUUUAUUUAUUUUUUUUAAAGCACUGCUUUUAGGAACUGUGGUUAAAAUAAAAUACUACAGAAUGGAAACAUUUUAAACCUUAGCCAACAAGAUUUACUUUCAAGACCUAUUAACAUAUUUUUAUUUGGGUUUUAUUGGGAUUUGUCAUUUGGACACACAGGGCGUGUCCAGAUGAGCAUGGCCAGGCAGUAUGUGACACCGCAAACAUGUCUGCAGUGCCAGAUACCCCAUAGUCAGGUGUUCCCCACGCUGCAAGGGCAUGCUGCUCGUGCAUGUAUGGCUCCAUUUGGGGUUGUUUGCGAGGUUUUUUGACUCAUGGAUAUCUAAGGGCCAAAAAAACCUAUGGAAAAAAAGAGCAGUGCACACAGUCAGCGUGUGCCACUGAAAAGCAGAGCCAGGCUGCCUGGAGGAUCACUGCUGCUGCAGCCCCAGGGGCCCCCAAGAGCCCAGUCUGGACAUGGCCAUACUGUCCAUCUUUAUAAAGCAAUAUAUUUUUAGUGGUGUGUUGUAACAUUUUAUUACACAUUGCUAAAUGCAAUAUGUAAUUGCAUCAUUCUUCAAUCCAGUGUCUGUUUUCAAACCUUUAGCAGUCACUGUAGUCAUAUGCAUGUUGCCUGUUAUAACACACUCUAUACAGUUAUUUUGAUUGAAAAUAAAAUAUAUAUGAGUAACUUCUGUCCCUGCAUCAUCAGGCUCACUCAUUUGAAAAUCAAGAGGAAAAGAUAUGUGCUAUUUUUAAAAAAUUAACAAGCUGGCCUUUCGAUAACAAUAUUUGUUUAUAUAUUAACAAUAUAUAAACUGUCCAGCUGGUGGCUGCAGGUCCCCACAGCUGCCUCUCUCAUUUCUGCAUUGUGGGAAAAGGGCUUGGGGAGACCUGAGCAGCAGGAUGGCACCAGCCAUGCAGCCCAUGUGAAGGGGGAAGGUGAGGGGCCAUGCACGGCCUAGGGUGAAGAAGUUGUACAUUGCCAGUUUUGUUCAAGUGGCAGGGAGGGGGGAACCUGGGGGAAUGUGCACAGGCCAUAUAGCUGGGGGACACGGGAAAUCCUGGGGGCCUGUCCCUUCAGUGUAUGGCCAGCAUGGUGUGUGGCUCCUGGCUACAGUGGAGUUGGACAGCCCUAUAUUAUUAGAUAAAUCAUUUCCUUCAUAGAUCUUGAAGUGCUUUACAAAAAUAGAUAGUAUUAGCGAUGGGUGAUUGGAAAUGUUUUGUUUUCAGGAAAUUAGGAAAAUAGUCACUUAAAAGUUUAGGAAAAUAUUUUAAUUCCCUCACAGGAAAUGUUUUUGUUUAGAGUUAAAUGAUCAUUUUAAAACAUUUUAAAAAGAAAACUUAUCUGAAAAUUAAAUGAAAGUUUUUUUUGUCAGUGCUAAUGUGACUUAAACUGUUAUGGUUUCUGGUUCCUAAUCUAAAAAUAAGUAAUAAUCUAAGUCUAAAAUAAAUGCUGAUCUGAACCAAUUUUCAUUUUGAGAUUUCCUGCAGAAAAUUCAUUGUUAACCAGUAUUUAUAAUUUUUUGUGAAUGUUGCUUGUAAUUUAAUUUAACUUUUCAUCAGGAAGAGCUCCCACACACAUACUCACCAACCCCCAAAAAAUGAAUCGGGUCUAGAAUUUCAGCCCAUUUUACAGAGAAACACUGAAGCACAAGCCACUGUUGCUUACCAGAUAAAAACAACUUGGUGGUCAUGUCAUCAUUGCAUAGUAAACCCAGAAUUUUUCCUGGGUUUUUGCCUAAAUCCUCCUGCCACAUACAGAUUGAAAUCUAUGAACUAGCUUUGGAGGUUUGUUGUAUGGGCUGUUUUAUGCAGCUGUAGGAUAUAGGUUAGAACCCAGGUCUUCUUCAGUUAGACUAGAACCUACCUAUUUUGCAGUCAGGAUGCAGGCUUUUGAGUACUUAUUGUCCUCCAAUGCCUCCCUGCUGUUCUCACACAAAUGAAGCAGGCCACAUACAAACAAUCAUUUUCUCCUGGGAGAGUUGCUGAUCUCCCAGGAGAAACCAUGGAUGUUAAGGAUUUUCUUCCCAGAGCAAAAAUGGCCACUCCAAGAGAAAAAAAUAAAGUUGGAACAACUAGGAGAGUUUCUUCAGCUUCCUAGGCAGCUUUGUUCCUGUUCCCCUCCCAUCUCCUUCCUCGGGGAGACAGUGUGUCACUUGCAACGACUCUUCUGCUCCAGGUGAGCAAGGAGCAGGAUAAACUACUUUCACAAUCCCACAUUGUACUGAAUGGAGACACAGGCUGACCCUGUGCAGUCUGGGUCAGUCAGUCAGGGUUGCCCUGUGUCCUGCUGCCAUCUGUCUCCAGGCAGACUAAGAGAAUGUGCAGAGCAAACUGAGAUGUGUACACAGGGGCCCCUGGGCUGCGCAACAUCAGCACUGCAUGUUCCCUGCUCUUCAAGGGCUCAGCAGUUUAAAUGUCUGUUCAGUAUUAUUGUAUCUUGGGGUAAGCUUUUCUACCGUGAAAACAAUCCUGGGAAAAUUCUCCCAGGUGAUUUGACCAUGUGCAUGCAGUCACACUCUAGGAUUAUCUCCCAAUUGAUUGUAUUAAUGCAAAGAACCACAGUCUCUGUUCUCCAGACACAUGGAGGGGAGUUCACAAUCUGUGAGAGUCUUACCAGUGUAAGUACAUUGGCUAGAUGGUCUAAGUCUUUUACACCAUCUAACCAACAUAACUAUUCUGACAAAACUUUGUAAUGUAGAUUUGUAAGGAUUUAGACUUAGUUCCUACUAGCAUUAUAAAGUGUUUGCUACUAAAACUUCAUUAGCAAACCCUUGUAGCAGAGAAACACUUUGUAAUAACAAAAGAGUUCUUAUGCCAGUAGAGUUCAUACCAGUUCCCCAGCCAAAACAAGCUAAAUAAAAUGCACUUAGUUGUAGAUAUAAUUGCAGUUUCCCACUUUUUUUUUCCAGAUUAGCUAUUUUGUUUAGGUUUGUAACCUCCCCCUGCCAUAGAUAUAGCCGUGCUUGGCAAACUUUUUACGUGUAGACCAGACCUUUUAGUUAAGACAAAGAGAGAUGGAAGGGAAAGACUGGAGCAUAGGGCUAAAACUAAAGACAGUAGGUUGCAAAGAAGGGACAUAACUAGGGACUUACCUAAAUGGUGACAGGAGUUUGCAGCACAGGGGCGCCUUUAUAAUCUUGCUCUUUCUGCUGCCUCACCCUCCCCUCUACCACUGCUGAGUGGCCAAGAGGCAAAAAACAUGGUAUUAAUUGCCUCUCAGCCACCAGAAACUUCCAUUGUGAUUUAGGUAGAUCCCUAGUUAUAACAGGAAUAGAGAGGUUACUAGAGGAUUAAAAAAAACCCCUGUUCUUUCUAAAUGAAUUUGCUAGUCCUGUUUAAUAACAAGAAUACAUCAUUUUCCCCUAAUCUUUUUUUUUUCUAUUUAAUGCUAAAUAAGGGCUAUAUAAACAACCUUUACAUAAUUCACAGUAUACAGAACAGAUAAAGACUAUACACUUCAGUGUAAAGUUAUGUUACUACAUCUAGCAGAGCCUAUAUUCACUACAACAGUUCAAUACAUGCAAGUUACUCUACCCAGUAGAGUCUAGCUCAGUAAAACAAUGCUUCAGGUGCACAGAGUAAUAGCCGAGUCAGCAGAAAUAUCUCCAUUUGUUGGGAUGUGAUGAGUCUCCACGACGGGCCAUGAAGGCUCAUACCAACAUAGUUAAACCCCAUAAUAUAGACAAGGCAAAGGAUUCUUGGGUAAAUGGCUCUGUAUUUCUUCGGAUUUCCCCGUGGAUUUAAGCUUAAUGGAAAAUAAAUCAAUGUAAGAACUAAAAGCUCCAGGUUAUGAUGUACUAUUUUCCUUUAUAACUCAUACAGAAGCAGCUUGAAAUAUUGGUGAUAGAUGUUUUAAGAUUUUGAGAAAUAAUUCAACAGUUAUCUUACUACCACAUGCUAAUAGGUGUGUGUGUCAUUAAUAUGUUAUAUGUAUUCAUCUAAUUUCCUUAGGAAGUAAUAGUGGUCCAGUACUACAGUGUUAGAGUUGCACUGCAUAACUAGUAUUAAACAAAUGUAUUCCUUUUUUACAUUUUACAUAUGGGUAACUGUAAUACUCUAAGUAGAGAAUACCAAACUAAGAAACAUUUUGGUUUAGUAAUGUCUCAUUAUACAAAGAGGAGUGUAACAAAAAGAACAAAAAAAUUGAAAUUUGUACCAGAUUUUUUAACCAUGGAUUUUAUAGGUCAGAAAUAUGUUCUCAAAUAUAAUAUAACAUAAUUAUGCAUUUACAUUAUGGAACAAGUUGUAAAUAUAGAACCAUUUGUGUCAUACUUGGAAAAUAUACCAUUCAACAAACUAAUAAAUAAAUUUGCUCCUAGGGGUUUUACACAAAACUACCCCACUCAGAUGCUCUGUACAAAAUGUGGUCUCUUCAUUCUGAUACAAAUCCAGUAACUUACUGUAGAUCCAAGGAGCUAACCUAGAUCUUCAUCAUUAAGUUAGGGAAAGCUAGUGCCAUGAAACUGAAGGUGCUGCCUAAAACUGGCACACAUCUCAUUCCAUGCCAAGCAGCACACGGCCUGUUCUGAUCAGUCACUGUGUGCAUUUUUCUUUACUUGCCUUUAAGGAUUUUCUGUAUUCCUUUUUUUGUAUUUUGAAUUUGCAAGUAACUGGCCGUCAUUCAGUGGAUUUUUUUUUCCCCUAGUAUUUCUGCAGCAUUGCGUAGGUUUAGGGUUGAGGUUGUUGCAGAACUUCACAACCAAUUUCACCCUUAGGAUAAGAAUUUACACGCUGAAGUGACUGAAAACGUCAUAAUAUGACCCCAUUUGCGUAUUCAUUUAGAGAUUCUGACAUGAUGUUCUUUCAGUUUGUAAAUAAAAGGAUGGCGUUGCAUACCAGCACUUACCCUCUGUGACAAAUGGUAUCUGUAAGUCAAACUGUGUUCUUUCUGGUCCAUAAAUCCAAAUGAGUUGCAUUGGUUGAACUUGGAUGUCUACAGUUGUAGAAAGCAACCAACACGUAUAUAUACUGUGAAGGAUUCUGCAUUUAAAGAUUCUACGUUUAAAAUGUAUCAAUAUUGCUGAUAUGCAAUCAGAAGGUAAUGCAACUUCUCCUAUAAUGCUCUUGUCUAGACAACAGUAGUAGGAGUAAAAAUAAGUAAAAUCUUAUUUAUAUUAGUAAAUUAAUAGGAUUGACAUUUGAUUAUAUCUGUGUAACCAUAUUUAAAGGGAUCAUAACUACAUCUAAAAUUAUUGGUAUUCUGGUCUGUUUUGAGAGAGUCCCUAUAAUUAAUUGAUUCUCCUACAAGAUGUCACUACACUAGACUUAUUUAUCUCGAGUUGAUUGACUGCAUUUGUAUAGCCUACUAUGGACACUUUCUAAAUGUUUGUUCCAGGCAACAAACAUUUGUCCUUUACCCUACCCUUUACCCUUUAAACUAGCUAGUUUAGAUUAAAUCAUUUGCCAAUAAAUGAAAUGCAAUUAAAAAAUCAAAUAACAAAUAAACUUAAUUUAUACUGAUGUAAAAGCACUGCAAGUGAGAGGAGAAGCAAUCCAUCUGGUUCCUCCAGUAAUGAGAGAGAAAUAUUCCUUUCUGCUUGUUAAUUUAAUUUAAGGAUAGAAUAGGAAAGUUAAGGUUUGAUUUUUCAGGGCUGCUGAAUGCUAGCAGUUCUCAAAUGUCUGCAGAUGUGGUUAAAGUUCUGAUUUUUACAGAUGCUAAGCACCUGUCAUCUCCUGACAUGACACACUUGCAUCGCCUUCCUUUGAGAAAUAAUGUUGUAUAUCCUCUCUUUUCUUACAUGCUUUAAGUACUAAAUUAAAAGUGUUGCCAAUUAAAAUACCAUCAGUUAGAAUCUGAGAGCAACUGCUGACAUCUGUUUGAUGAAGUAGGUUGCUGAAAGUUCAUGCCUUUCUGAACCAUCUUUUUAUUUUCUAAAGAGAUGUUUAGUUUAGAUUUAGGAAGAAGAUUCCUAUUGGCUAAAUACAAUCUGAUUAUUUACAGCCAUUUAAUGGGUACCCAGUAAAAGCAAAAUAAGGGAAAAAUCUUCCAGACCCAAAAUUAAGACACUGAAAAAUAAUUAAAAGAUCUGUCUGCCUACACCCCUAGCUGCAAACUGGUUCUUUGGACAUGCUUUACCUUUUCAGAAACUAUUUUUUUAUAGACUACUUUUUCUGCAAAUGUAGCUAAUAUUUACUCUCCCUGCAGAAUAUUCAGCCUGCUAAUUUGUGUGAAAGCAACUCACUGCUUUGUCCUCAUUAAAAUUUUACCCCAAAGUUAGGUGGUGUAAAGUAAAAUACCUUUUUAUAAUGAAUACAAGACCUACAUUGGGGGGGGGAUCUUUCUUGCAUUUAAGAAGAGAUAGGAGAUGCUUUCUAGAAUGUAAUUGCUUGAGAAAGUUAAUUCUCCUUUACUGUCACAAGACAGGCAGGUAUUUAAUAUCUUUUUCAGCUUUAAAGCAUGCACAUUAUUUAGAAGGAGUAAUCUGUUGAAUUUGGCAUGAAUCCCUUUGUAUUCCUUCAUCCCUUUUUUGUUUAAAAUGUGACCGAUUUUAUGCAGGAAAGUCAAAUUGUUGCCUUUAUAUUUCAUUAGCUUGAAGGAGGAUUUCUAUUAAUUUGUGCCUUUUUAAUGUUGCUUUUCAUUAACUUCUUAUGAAUCAAAAUUUCCCAUUUGCAAAAUAGCAUGGAUUUAUAUUUCAGUAUUUUAGAAGCUCACUUUAGACAAGACUGCUUUUCAAAGUAGGGAACAAUAAAGUAUUAAACCAUAUUCUUAGUUAUAAUACUAGUACUUCUGUUGGUCUUCCCAGAGAGGUGUCCAAAAUGUUUUUCCAAUGAAAAAUGAAAUGUAAAUAUUUUUCCAUGGACCAUCCUAUUGAAAGUAAUGUAGAACUAUUUUUUGGACUCCUAUCCUCUCAAAGAGGAAACAAAUAUUUCCUUUUUAAAUCUAGAAUGUUUUCUCAGACUUCUUUUAAUUUUUGCCAUUUUAUUAAGUUACAUAAGAAGAUACUGUCAUUUAGUUUCAAUAAUUUUGGUCAUCUAUCUUCAUGAAAGUCAAAAUGAGAUAUUAGUUGAUAAUUUCCUUGCUUUCUGCUCAACUGUUAAGAUUUUUGGUGGGGUUAUUUUUGGCAGAUUGUCACUGUUAGUUGAUAUUAAGCAGGCUUAAUUUCAGAAUUACAACCAUUUUUACUCACUGUCAUUUUAGAAUAUUUUAGUAUGACAGUGAAAAAUGUAUUCUAUUUACUGUUUUAUUUUCAAAAUGAAAUCGCAGAGGCACCAUGGUUCACUACUACUGAAAAACAGGAUGCAAUUCUUAGAAUUAAUUAUAUUUUGAAAGCUUUCAGCUUGUAUUGCAAAACGUUUUUAUACCAGAAAAAAAAAUAUAUAUUUCAGUGUCUUGCUUUACCAAAGUAUUUCUGCAUUAAUAAUUUAGUAAAGAUAAGUGAAAUAAUAAUUUUAAUAAAUACUUUGAGUCUUAAAAAAUUAUAUGCAUAUUAUACAUAUUUUGAUCAAUACAAAAGAAAAGUGCAUAUAAUUAUAUUUAAAAAUUUAAUGCAGUUGUAACUUUACCAUUGAAUUACAUAUUAGUGACUACUGUAGAUUUGUACCAAAAUAAGCAUGAAUUUAAAUAUUGAUGUGUGUGUGUGUAUGUUACAUAAAUUUAUAUAUGUGUGUGUGUGGUUUUGAAUUUGUGUUCAAUUAUCAUUGAUGAAAAUAUUAAGCAGUGUUGGGCCUAAUCCCAAUCUUCAUGAAAUAUUAAGAGAAACAUCCCCAUUCAGUGUUGAUUCUCCACUAAGAACUAUUUUUUCAAUUUCUUACUUAGCCAGUUCUGCUCCCUCUUGUGGCUUUAUAGCAGAGUUAACUGACAAGUUGUAUUCCCAAAGCUGUGCUAUUCAUGGUAGGAACAAAGAAAAUGUUUGAUGCAGAAACGGAAAGAUAUUGCUAAAUAAUCCAGCCCUGCUAAUUACAGAUGCAUCCAAACAGCAAUGAGGAAACCACCCCUGUUUGCCAAACACAAUAGAUUAAAUGAACAGCUAGGAAAAAUAUUGUCAAACUUCUGCCACAAACAAUAGAGGUCAUUUAAGGCUUGUUUUCAGUGUAUCAGUGGGAUUCCUUUAAAACAAUUGGACUAGCAGUUGAUGAGUUGUAACUUCAGCUGCAUAUUGACAAUUUACUGAUUUUUUUCCCCUUUUAUUUUAAUAAAGUAUUUAGGCUACUGUUAUUUUAGUGGGUUCAGCUGGCAUUUGAUCAGAUUAAAUAUUUAUUUUUUGGAUCUCAAAGGAUUUAAGAACAACUGUGUCAAUAGUUAAAGAUCUCUCAGAAAAUCUUUAUUAAAUAAUUAUUAAUGCUGUUAGAAAUUCUGUAUGAUAAUGGAAAAAUCAAAGAAUAACAAAUAAAAAAUAAUACGUCACCUUAACGAAGUACUAUUAAGUAGUUCCAGGAGGGAUAGGAAUGGAAACUGAUAGAGCACCAUAAUACACUUCAAGGGAGAGACCCUGUUUGCAAAAUAACACCCCCAUUUAUGCUAUUUUCUUCCUAUUACAUAAGUUACUUGAUCUGUGUAUUAAGUCUUUCAAUAUAGGUCAAUACCAAAGAUGGAAAAAAGGAACUCAAUUGUGCUGUACCUAAAACUGCAGCUACACACACACACACACUCUCUCUCUCUCUCUCGAUAGAUAGGUAGAUAGAUAGAUAGAUAGAUAGAUAGAUAUUGUUUCAGGGACACCUCAUAACAAUUCUGAACUCUGUGCCCCUACAGUCUUUGUCCUGAUUUGUUUCACAUAACACUAGUUAAAUAAUACUUUUGCUGUUAGUAUUUACAGUUUCAAGCCUAGCCUUUUAUUUAACUUAUUUAAUCCAACUCCUACAUUUCACUAAUACUUAUGUUUUAUAAAAAGUUUAUUUUUUUCCUAAGACCUUCCUGAGCAACAACUACAUCAUCAUUGACUGUUAACUCAGAUGUCAGCAGCACUUCCUCAGCUGGUCAGACAGCUGGAGCUUAAAGCCCAACUUUACAUAAAUUAGAGGGAUUUUUGUGCAGACAAGAGUUUAAAUGGAGGCAAACCCCAAGUUCACCAAUAAAAAAGUGAAGGCAAGUUCUUUGAGUACAGAAAAAAAUGAUAGUGUUAGUUUUUUUUUAAAGACACUUUUAGUUUCUUAAUCAAUAAAAUGUUUCUGUCAUUAGAUAACCUUUAUGCCACUUCUGGGCACUGACUGCUUGCCUGAGGCAAAGGAUGAAUAGAAACACUUUGCUUGUUACAAAUAAUAAUAUAUGUCGGUGCUGUUUAAUCUUUGGCUCUCAAGACCAUAAAAUGUGGGGUUCCAGGUUAGCUGUGUAAAUAAAAACUUUUGUCUUGAAAAUAUAAUUUCAAGAAAUAUGUUUCCUGGACCAUAUCUUACAGGUUUUAAACUUACCGUUGGAGGGAGUAUGAGCCAGGAGCUUACUGCAUUGGUUGGAAGAGGAAGGAGAUUUGCUUAUGGCUGCCAUAUUCUCUGCUUUGUUGUCAGGUUGUAGAAGCUUAACUGGUUAUUUCUAAGCCUACCAAAAUAGUUAUAGACAUGGUCUCCUGACCAUUUGGACAUGUAUUAAAAGUUUUGGCCACCAAACCUUUUUAAAAUCACCCCUCUUUAUUCAGUAGUAUGUGAAAGUACAAAACUGCCUUGGCUUUUUAUCAUGAGUACAGCUGGAUGUAGAUGUGGUGGUGGCUGCAGGAGUUAAUACAUCCAGUGCUUGCCCCACACUACCAAGAUGUUGCGAAUUGGGUUCCAUGCCCCGGAUUUUGGUGGUAGACCCCAUUCCUGAUUGCCCUGGCCCCUAGCCCCAUGGACCACACAACAGCUCUAUGGGCCAAAUCUGGCCAACAGGCCAUAGUUUCAUACCCCUGAUCUAGAGAGAUGCAACCGUAUUCUGGCAAGUUUACAAUAGUGUGGGACAAAUACUGGCCCUAGACCAUAUGAUGGUGAUUUUAUGAGUUAAGUUAAUGUGUUUUAAGUAAUAUGUUAAGAAAACACUUUUCUCUGUGAAAGUACAUUAAGAGAUUGUAUUCCUAGACCUCAGUCCUGCAUCUGGCCCCACAUGGGCAGGCCCUUGUGUCUGUGUGGGAUUUUGCUGAAAGCAAUAAGAAUCCAUUUGAGUAUGUGGAUCCACCUCCACGUCCACUUACAGACUAGUGGCCCUCUUUUUUAACGGUGGCCCUCUUUUGUAAAGGUGUGAGUAGUUUUGAUUUAAUAUAAAGAUUUAUCUACCUGGCAGAAAAGCAAAGGAACAACAAUGUGGGAGAAAAAUGGUACCAAGACUCAGAGCAUUAAAAAGAUGGCUAAAUGUUUUUCUUGAUUAUAAAUUCUUUCAGAACCUGUAGUCAUCAAAUCUGCAGUUUCUGAAUUCUUGUUAAACUCCUUGUGUCCUGGUAUUCCUGCAACAUUUAAUGAAAAUUAUAACAUUUGCUUAUUUUGCCGUACAGGAAAACCCAACUCAUUUUUAUGUUGACAAAACAGUUAACAAAUUUGUAUAAUUUUAAAAACAUUUUUAUUAUAAUUACAGCGGGAAUGUAUUUAAACACUGAUAAUUUGGUACCCAAAUAUAAUGUCUUUGCAAGUGUAACAUUUGUCUUAAAAAGGGCAAAACCCAGUUUAAUUUUUUUCUCUUAUAUUUUAUUUUAGAAGUUGAAUAUAAAAUAUUCUUCUUCAAUAAGUUUGGCUUUUCCAUUUAGCAAGGACAAACUUGCAACCUUGUGUUCCUUUUAGAGUUGAAAUUGCUAUACUGGUGGCCUUUUUGUUAUAUCAGUUCAAUAACCCAACUGGUAAUAUGUAUACUAACUGUUGCAGUUACCAGUGGAACCCCAAAUAUUUUAUUGGCCUUUCAGUAAUAGUGGCUAUUUGAGUUUUUCUAAAUUUCAUGGAGAUGGCAUUGAAUUUUUUGUAUAUAUACAGUUUAGACUCUAGAGCAAGGGUGUCAAACACCCCAUUCUUACGCCAGAUCCAGACUGCCAGGCUUCUCACGGGCCGGAUACAGAUGAGGUGGUAGCUGCAGGAGUGCUUGCCCCACACUGCCAGCGUGUUAAGAAUUGGGUUUCAUGCCUUGGAUUUUGGUGGUAGACCCCAUUCUUGAUUGCUCUGGCCCCCUACUAGCCCCAAUGGACCACACAACACAUGGGCCCAAUCAGGAAUUAUGGGUGACUAGGAAUAAUGGGUGUAAACUAGUUGAGAGUGGAUUUAGGUUAGAUAUUAGGAAGACAUUUUUCACAGGGUGGCCAGGAGCUGGAAUGGGCUUCCAAGAGAGGUGGUG